UGGAAAUAGGCCUGCGGCUCUUGUACAGAAAAAGUGCCUCCCCAAAGUAACUCACCCUACCCAGCCCAUCGCUCAUAACGAUUCUCUAUUGCGAUUGAGAAUCGAUCUGUACCGGGGACGUGCUACCAGCCGGGGACGUGCGCUAGCUGCUGCGGCCGAGUCAAAUCGCCCACAGUUUUCUUGCCUCCGUCGAGUGUUGCCGUCCGCUUCUGUAGAUUCCGUACCCGACCGCUCUCGGUGCUCUCUGUUGCCGCCGCCGUCUACUCCCGCUAGUUGUUAACUUCUCCAGCUCGCCGUCAACUAUUCUGCCGCUCGCCUUCUACAUAGGUUGCUGCAUCCGGGUUAAAGAUUGCUUUCCCCACGAAUUUCCUUGUUAUUAAGAUUGCAGAACAAGGAAUAAGAAUCAGAAUGCUUGACAUAAAUCUAUUCCGAGAAGACAAAGGCUUCAACCCAGAAGUUAUCCGGGAAUCUCAACGACGGCGAUUUGAUAAUGUCGAUGUAGUAGACGAGGUCAUUGAGCUGGAUAAAGAGUGUCGUCAACGUCGAUUCGAGCUGGAUACUUUGCGAAAAGAUUUUAAUAGGAUCAACAAAGAAGUUGCCAAGUUGAAGAUUGCCAAACAAGAUGCAAGUGAGUUAAUUAACAGUACUGAAGAGAACAAGAAAGUGACAGCCAAGAAAGAGGAAGAAAUGCAGGAGGCCCAAGCUGCAUUAAAUAAAAGGUUGGAGGUUAUUGGGAAUCUUGUGCAUGACACAGUUCCAGUUAGCAACAAUGAGGAAAACAAUGCUAUCAUUCGUCAAUGGGGUGCAAGGAGAACCGAAUCAGGCCUAAAAAACCAUGUUGAGCUUGUCAAGCUUCUUGGAAUUGUGGAUAUGGUCAAGGGUGCAGACGUUGCUGGAAGCAGGGGCUACUUUCUGAUAGGGGCUGGUGUUGAUCUAAACUAUGCACUAAUUGAUUUUGGCCGUGGUUUUUUGAAAGAGAGGGGAUACACUCAGAUUCAAACUCCAGCCUUCAUGAAGCAAGGUGCCAUGGCAAAAUGUGCUCAACUAUCUCAAUUUGAUGAGGAACUUUACAAGGUGACCGGUGACGGAGAUACCAAAUAUCUCGCAGCGACAUCUGAACAGCCCCUGUGUGCAAUGCAUAUGGGUGAUUGUAUUGAUCCGUCAAAGCUGCCGGAAAGAUAUGUUGGGGUAUCAUCUUGCUUCCGUAAGGAAGCUGGCUCACAUGGACGCGAUACCCUUGGGAUUUUCCGUGUUCAUCAGUUUGACAAAGUUGAGCAAUUUUGUAUAACUAGCCCUAACAGCAACGACUCUUGGGAAAUGCAUGAACAGAUGAUCAACAACUCAGAGGAGUUUUACCAGAAGCUAAAGAUCCCCUAUCGUGUUGUUUCCGUUGUGUCGGGCGCAUUAAAUGCUGCUGCUGCAAAAAAGUAUGAUUUGGAGGGAUGGUUCCCUGCUUCUGCAACAUACAGAGAACUUGUUUCGUGCUCAAACUGCACUGACUACCAAUCCAGAAGAUUGAAAAUUCAGUACGGGCACAAAAGGGGACAAUAUGUUCAUUUAUUGAACUCUACUCUAACAGCAACACAAAGGACUAUUUGUUGUAUAUUAGAGAAUUACCAAAGGAAAGACGGGGUGGAGGUCCCCGAAGUGUUGCAACCUUACAUGAACAACGUUACAUUCCUUCCGUUCAUCAAGAACAUCCCAAACGGUGAAAGAAGAAUGCCCAAAUGUAAUGAAAAUAUUUAGAGCUUCUUGAUCUUGGAAAGGAAAAAUAAUGAAUGUAUGUUUAUGGUCAAAGAUUUCAAGUUAGUGCGUUCUAGAUGGUGAUGUUGCAUGCAAAGACUUGUUAUAGACAUGCAUUCUACCCGACCUUUCCUUUCUGUGUUUAAAACUAAAUUAUUAAAUUGUUUGUCUUGAUACUCAGAAGCAUUUAUGGACAUGUUAAAAUACCACAGAAUUUCAAUUUGGUAUUUCUUAUUUUAUGCUCUUUAGUAAAAAUU